GUGUCUGAUUCAUAGAAAGUCAGACGGCAACAUGGUGAGCAGAUGUGAAUCUCGGCACAUCGAAAUUUAAUUGUUGUCUAAACAGUAGUCUGAAAAGUCACUUAUCUCCGAGAGCGUCAAAAGGAACACUGAAAUCCAGAGGCGAGGGGGGGGAGUUUGUUUUUAUUCAAACCAAGUUCAGAUUGUCAUAUUUCGCCUGUUAAGCAACAAGACUUACUUGCAUAUUUACGGAGGUUCACGGCAGCCUGUAAUUGAAAUAUGAGUCGUGUGUUACGUAAUAGGUGGGGCAAGCGGCGCAAUGCCUUCUGGGAACACCUUCUAAUAUUACUAUACUUUGCAUAAAUUUGGCGUGGCAGUACCUCAUCGAGAUAUCACGGAAAGUUUAACUCCGGCACAAGUAAGAAGCCGUAAAAAUGAAUCGUUUGCUGUUCACUCUGGCUGUUCUUGUGUUCAUAGCUGCACCUGGUGAGUACUGUACAACUUUACAACAGAAUGUAUAGUAGAACUGUCCUUCAGUAAGGUUUGAAGUAUUUGUGACAGUCAUCGCUCGGUCAACAAAGCAGUUUAUUGGCAAAACUGGAACAAAUCAAAUACAAAAAGCUGCGAAAUUAACUUUUAAAAUUUCAAGUGGCUAAUGUCUUUACUACGCCAGGGUUUUCUCUUGCUAAACCUUAAAAUCAUCGUUGUUGAUGCGAAACUGUUGUGCUUGUGAAAGAAUGUAUUAUCCCUUCUUGAACUUGUGGAAGAAAUAUCUCGCUGAUAAUUGGUCAGAUUUUCCGGUUCUUUUUCUUUGCGAAUGAUUUCCGUUUAAGGGAUGGGCCUUGAUUUAGGCUCCAAAUGAUUUUCUCUCGAAAGUUAUUUAGUCCGACCGCUUUGUCAAGCAUAUCCUUCGCUGAGUAUUUGUAAUCGCAAAAAGCAAGCCAUGGCGGACAGGGCGACUGAACCUUAGUGAAAGAAGCGCUAUACAAAACAGGGAAAUAAUGGUUUAGAUUACGCAGGCUUUUGAAGUUUGAAAGAAGCUUUUAGUGCUCAUUUUUGACUGCUAGGUUUUAGUCAACGAAAGACCAUGCCCUGCUGUCGGGCAUGAAGCCAAGAAAUGUUAUUCUUGCGACGGCGCACAUAGAAAGAGCUAUUUGGAGAACAACUACAUGCAUUAGAAACUGAGCUAGAAUAUAGGGACUUGUCAAUUUGUGUUUUUGUAGUGUUGCUCAAUGUCCAUCGUGGUAAUCCCAAAUACUGCCGUGUCCGUUGUUUAUGUAGGGAGGUUCCCUUGAUCUGCGUGAUAAAUCUAUUUGCGUUCUUGCGGUAUCUUUUUCAGCACAGCCUUGCGCCACAACUGUUAAAUAUUGUCGUCCUAGUUAUAACUAAAUUAAACACAACUUGGUGGUAGAGUUUGUUGAUCUAAGGAGCUAUGAUGCGGUUUUUUGCACUUUUUUGCCGUGUUACGAUAUUUAGAGCUCCACGAUGUCCCAUUCAUAGAUAUUCAGACAGCAACACCUAUUUUUUUAAGGGGAUCGGGGGUAGGCCCAUGGAAACCUCAAACGGUAAUCUAGCUUAACAUCCGUCAGUCAGGCAAGGGAACAAAUGUUUAUUGAAUUUAUUGAAUUUUAAUUGAGUAGAAGGCAAAAAUAUGCCCUUUGUCGAAGCAAAAAUCCGUCAUGACUGUUCAUCAAUUGGUCUGAUAGGAUUGCAUGAUGUACAGCUGAACCCCGGUAACUCGAAUUGUCAAGGAAAGUUGAAAUUACUCAGAGUUAUCGAGGUUUCGAGUUAUACUGGUUAAAAUUACAGUAAAUGGAAAUCAGUUUUGCUCAUUGAAUUUUGAGGAAAAUGUUGAUAUUCUCAAGAAUGAACUGUGCAAGAUUGACAAGUAAUGACAAACAACAGAUCGAUCCCAAAUUAGGCGCCUCUAUUUCCGUUCGAUGGGAUGAACUGUCAAAACUGUUUGUCUACGGACAGACAAAACGUGUGAUACCGACAAAGGUCAAUUUGUCAAUUUUUCGAGGUUUCGAGUCAUAGGGGUUAAAUUACACUAAAUAUAGGAGGCAAAUCCAAGGGAAAUCAGUUUUGCUUUGAGUUAGCGAGAAUUCGAGUUUUCGAGGGUUCGCGUUAUCGGGGUUAAACUGUAUCAUGUGCUUACUUUGGUUAGAUAGUUCAGCGACUGAUGUUCUUUUCUGGUGAUGAUUACAGCAGAGAGUUGACGGGUCAAGAGCUCAACUGAAUGAGUUGUUUGUCACCUUUUUUCAUUUCUUUCUUUUUCUUCUGUUCCACAUAUUAGUUAAGCCCUACAUUCUCAACAAUCUAAACUUUGCUGUUAUCUCAGUUACAUCGAUUAUGGACAUUCUGAACAUUUGUAAGAUUACAAAGAGAUUCACCUUUGCCAACAAACUAGGCAGAGAGACAAAUUUCAGUUAGGGUUUUGUUCUUGGCUCUCCUGCCUGAGAACUGUAUCAUGUUCUUUUCUGGUGUCGGCAAAGAAUCAACUUGUCAAAAGGUCAACUGACUGAUUUGUAUGUCUUCUUUGUCUUUACUUCUUUUCAUUUCUUUUGUUUAUUCCAAGUUAUUGGAAUGCAGUGUAGCUGUUGUGGUACUGUUCCGUUUUUUGGAAUUUGUUCUGGUGUUUGUUCUCCGCCUUAAGCAAGAAGGAAAGCAAGGUGAUAUAAGUUAGGGAUGUAAUCCCAUAUGCACACGGGCUAAUUAAGUCCUACAUUCUCAACAUUCUGAACUUUGCUGCUAUCUUAAACCGAUUAUGGACAUUCUGAACAUUUUUCAAUAUUUCAAAGACGUUUACUUGAGCCAUCGAACUAGGCAGAGAGACUUUUCAGUUGGGGUUUUGUUCUUGGUUUCCCUGCCUCUGUCUAUCGAACAAUGGGAUUAUGAGCUCGACAUUUCUAUCUUGUGAUGGUUGAUGAGGUUAGAACUCGCAUGGUCUAAAUCACAGAUGAAAACAGAGUACGUAUAAUCUACCCUUCAAGAUUUAGCAAUUAGAAACCCUCACGUUUUUGUGGCGACUGCCAGGCGUAAACCACGCGUGUCGUCGAGAUGAGUGAUUGAGUGUAACAAUAGAUGUUGACUCAAUCUUGAUCGGAUCAGUGCCACGAAUUGUUUGUUUCGGAAUAUCUUAGUAGUUCGACAUUCGCACUCUUACAUAGUUGAGUUCUCUCCUUUAGUGAUUUCUGGCUUGUAGCCACUAGCACUCUAGGUUUUCAGUUCUUGCUGUGACACUGUGGAAGACAGCAGAAGACGAUAAACAUCUCACAAGUAUUUCUGGAUUGCGUGCGAUUAAGAAAAACACAAAAAGUUUUCCUUGCAGAAUUCUUUGGGCCCGGGUCACACCUGCGCUUUUUUUCGUUUUUUUUUGGUGAAAAAUCUGUCAAAAGUAACGUAAAAUAAGUGCGACACCCAAUUUGAAAAACUUUUUAAAGAGACUCUUAAGAGCGGGAUGGCUUUGUGAUUGACGUAUGCAUCAAUCAGUGAAGUUUUGGUCAAAGAACACUAGUUUGAUGCUACCGCCGCCGAAAAAACUGGAAAAUAUUUUAAUUCCCUCUAAUGCGACUUAGCCCUUUUCUUUAUGGGUGUGAUCGGCGCAUUUUUGAAACUAACUGGAAACCCUUUUUUUUCGAAGGGAGAGCAAUUUACCCUUUAAAUCAGCGAAUUAUUACGAUCUGAAGAUAUAAUCUUUUCAGUUUUGCAGUGAAACUACUUGAAAGACGAUACAUAUCUCGAAAUAAUUUCACAGUAACAUUCACCGUCGCAUAAUUUCAAUCAAAACUUUUCCUUGUAGAAAUAUCUCAAUGUGAUCUGCACGUCAUGGAAUUUCGAAGCUUUAAGGAAAUUUUUUUUCUUUGAAGAGAGCGUUUUACCUUUUAAAUCAAUGAAUUAUGCAUAUCUGAAGAUAAAAUAUUUUCAGUUUUUGCCGUGACACAUUAAUUAAGACGAUUAAAAUCUCAAAUGAUUUCACAGAGGCAUUCACCUACGCAUAAUUUAAAUAAAAAAUUUUAAUUACAGAAAUAUCUCAAUAGACAAAUUUUUCUGCAAUACUUCAUUCUAGCAUCACUAUAUAACCUUGAGUGCUUUUCAAUGUUAAAAAAAUUUGUGCUACACCAAUAGCCACAUGCAGUCCUUCAAUGUCUAUUUUUGUUGAAGGUCACGCCACGUGUAAAUCUCGUUAUCCACUAUGACGGAUUACGUAACUACUGUUACUGGCCAAUCAAAUAGCAGUAUUUGCGAACACAGGUGGAAUUAAAGAAGUUUUGACGUUCCUUCCUGUCUCGAAGUUCUUUAAUAGAAUAUUAAGAGUCAUUUAAAACUGUUAUCUUGCUUUCUGUCAUCAGGUUGUGCGUUGAAAUGCUAUGUGUGUUCUGGCGAUGAAGAUAGCUGCAGCAAGAGCACACUGGAAAGUAACAAAGGCACCUAUUUGAAGGAAUGCUCUUCCCUCUAUGACAGGUGCGCCAGGAGUUGGUCCAAGAAAGAUGACGUGAACGCUGUGGCGAACGACUGCGCCACCAAAGAUAUCUGUGACACAGCUGAAAAACUUUGUGACAAGCUUAAAGAUAAUAUCAAGGACUACCAGUGCGGGGUUGGUUGCUGUACUAGCGAUGGCUGUAACGCAGGCUCGCCUGUGACCUUCAGCUUCUUCCUUUUGAUCGUCUCCUCUGUGCUGGGCUUGGCACUAAUGAAGUAGACCGCAGACCAAGCAGACAUGCUGACGUGUUCUUAGCACCGCAUGAUCGUAGUUGUGUCUGGCACGAUGGAAAGUCAGUAUUACUCGCGCACGAAAAUGUAGAUUUGUAGAUCUGAGUGUUACAUUUGUAAGCCUAAUAGUUUUAAUAAACGUUUUAAAAUGAUCGAAGACAGCAAUGAUACUUUGAUGCCCAGUUUGCACGUCAUUUGUAUUGCCUCCUUAAAAAUCAUGAGUCACGGCAUUGUCCCUGAGUUACACAUGCGCUUACGAUGGCGGCCUUUACUUUUGGCGUUUGCUUUUGUGUCUCCUCACUAACCACAUGUUGAUUAGAUAUGACAUAACACAGCCAUGAUCUUAUUAUAUUUGGCAACUCAAGGCUGUACUUGUGGUAUUCAGAUGUCACACGGUAUUUUCUGUGAAUUAAUAUCCUGUCAGCUUUCUGUCAGUCGCGAUUUUUCUGUGAAACAAUUUUGCGAGGUAAACAAGUUUGACAAAACUGCUGAAACUCUGUGUUCAGGUCUCAUAUUGUAUUUAGUAACCGCCAAGGUCAAGGCCUUCUUUGAAAAAGAC